ACUGGUCGAAAUUUAUAAAGCUACGGACGGCCAGAAAACGGUUUAUUGUACUUUUAGGAACCGUUUAAUUCAUAUCUAUAGGCUCGAUCGAUUCGAAAAUGCGAAACAAAUACUUGGCAGUUCUUAUAUGCGCUUCCUGCAUUUGCAGUUGUGCCUCGGUGCCAGAUAGCUACUCCGGUGAUGUUCAAACGUCGAAUUCGUUGGAUUUUGGCAAUGAUAGCGGAGGAUAUAGCUAUAAUCCUCCACCAAAUAACAACUACCUGCCGCCUGCAACACCUGCUCCGGACUAUGGACCUCCUCCAAAUAAUGGAUACCAUUACAACCCCCCGCCAAACAACAACUACCUGCCGCCGCCCCCAGAGUACGGGCCACCUCCCAGUUAUCCUGUUUACGGACCUCCGCCCCCACCUUUUUAUAAGCCAGCGCCGCCUCUUCCGUAUUCCCACGACUCUUCGCUUCUGGACAAACUGAAAUCCAAGAUCAGCCUUUAUACGCUUGGAAAAAUAUUAUUGAAACUCUUGAUAUUCAAGAAAAUUGUUAAGUUUAUUGGCCUCAUUUUUCUGCUCUUGGUUUUGCCAAAGCUGAAGAAUCUCUUCAAGGACGAUAUGAUGUCCAUGUCCAGCUCUGGCGAAAGUGACGGAAUGGAAAGUAAAUUUGUAGAAACUGAUAAGGAUAAAUUAGCGCAACAAAUCGAGGACCUAUACGAUUUUGUUAUAAAUUCUAUAGAAAAUUUUGAAGGAAGAAGGACAUAGAUGCAAACCAAAUCUAGUUAAGAUUGUAU